UCAGGAAACUUCCUGAAUGAUGCAAUAUCCCCGUUUGCAGGAUUUAUUUCCUCAUCAAAGGUGUACCUGUGCCGGAGGGAGGAGUCUGAGCAGAAGUUAUAAAAAUCAGUGCAGACAGGUGUAGGCUGCAGGACGUCUCCAACAGGGGUUCAUCAUGGGGAACAAGAUAGUCAACUAUGGGGUUCCAUCCUUCAUUAUUGUGGUCUGGAUGGGCAUCAACAUCUUUCUUUUUGUCUGGUAUUACCUUUUCUAUGAUAGAGGGGACAACUUUUUCUACACGCGCCAUCUUUUGGGGUCUGCCUUGGCCUGGGCCAGGGCUCCUGCAGCUGUCCUGAACUUUAACUGCAUGCUGAUCCUCCUGCCUGUGUGCAGAAACCUGCUGUCUCUGAUCCGAGGCUCCCUCAUGUGCUGCAGCAGAACAAUGAGAAGACAAAUGGACAGAAACUUGACUUUCCACAAACUGGUGGCGUACAUGAUCGCCUUGAUGACAGCCAUUCACAUGGUGGCCCAUCUGCUGAAUGUGGAGUGGUACAACAACAGCAGACAAGGCGUUUAUGAUGAGCUCAGCACUACCCUGUCUGAUCUGGCAGACAUGGAAAACACCACCUACCUGAACCCCAUCCGUACCACCAACCUCAACCCACAGCAAAUUCCCCUCUACUUUGCCUUCACCUCCAUCGCUGGACUCACAGGAAUCAUCAUCACUCUGGCACUUAUCCUCAUGAUCACUUCCUCCAUGGAGGUCAUCAGACGCAGCUACUUUGAAGUUUUCUGGUACACACACCAUUUAUUUGUCAUCUUCUUCGCUGGUCUCGUCAUCCACGGAAUUGGAGGCAUUGUGAGGAGACAGAGCAAUAUGGAGGAACACAACUUUACUCUUUGUAAAGACCAGGCUGAUGAUUGGGGAAAGAUUCCUGAAUGUCCCAAUCCAGAAUUUGAAGGAGGACCUGCUGCGACAUGGAUGUGGGUACUCGGCCCAAUGAUCAUUUAUGCAGCUGAGCGCUUGCUGCGUCUAAUUCGAUAUGUGCAGAACGUCCAGUACAGGAAGAUUGUGAUGCGACCAUCCAAAGUGCUGGAGCUGCAACUGGUGAAGAAGGGCUUCAAAAUGGAGGUGGGUCAGUACAUCUUCCUCAACUGCCCAGCCAUCUCUCAGCUGGAGUGGCAUCCAUUCACCAUGACCUCUGCCCCUGAGGAGGACUUCUUCAGCGUCCACAUCCGAUCAGCUGGAGACUGGACUGACAAACUCAUCGAGAUCAUGCAGAAAUUGCCAGAGGGAGCACAAGGACCCAAGAUGGGUGUUGAUGGACCCUUUGGAACAGCCAGUGAGGACGUGUUCGAUUAUGAGGUCAGCAUGCUAGUUGGUGCUGGCAUUGGCGUCACUCCCUUUGCUUCCAUCCUUAAAUCCAUCUGGUACAGGUUCAAAGACAACGAUCCCAAGUUACGUACCAGAAAGAUCUAUUUCUACUGGCUUUGUCGGGAAACACAUGCCUUUGAGUGGUUUGCUGACCUGCUACAGUUGCUGGAAAAAGAGAUGGAGCAGAGAGGCCUCUGGGAUUUCCUCACAUAUAAACUCUUCCUGACUGGAUGGGAUCAAAGUCAUGCUGAUCAUGUGAUGGUUCACUUUGAUGAGGACACAGAUGUGGUCACUGGACUUAAACAGAAAACUCACUAUGGUCGGCCCAGCUGGGACAAAGAGUUUGAGCAAGUUCGCAGAGACAACCCUGCAUCGGUGGUGGGAAUGUUCCUGUGUGGCCCUGCUGCUCUUGCAAAUGUUUUGGAGAAGAAAUGUGGCAAAUACUCAGACGUUGAUCCUCGCAGGACCAAAUUCUACUUCAAUAAGGAAAACUUCUGAGGCAAAAACAUCAACUGAAGCGUGUUUUUUCUUUUGAAGGAGAGUAAAGUGAGGAAUUCCUUUCACCUCAGAUUAUCCAAUGAUCGAAGACUGUAAAGGAUCGCCUCUGGGUUUGUUACCUCAUGGCUUACAGGAAGCCAACUCCAUUGCUUUGUUUUGUGUCAUUACAGGUGUGGCAUUGAGUUUUACUGCUACAAGAGGUCUAGGAAACAUGAAAUUGUAAUGCAUGAUGGGAACUUGGUCCAAAUACUCAAAAAAACAUGUAUAACAUUUUUUUCAUUAUGUUGAUUAAAUCAACUUUAAUCAAGCAUUUUGACUGAUUAAAAGCUGUAAAUAUUUUACCAAUAAAAUACUCGUCACAGGAAA